UAUCUGCUCCGAACAAAAAUAUAGAAAAAUGGCUAGUUUUACUAGAGUACGAGUGAAAGAAACCGAGUGGGUGAUUCCGGACAUUUAUGAGAUUGUUGGUCCCUUAGGAGGCUAUGGACAGGUGGCCAUUGCGAGAGUUCACGGCAGCUCUUAUCAUGUGGCCAUGAAAAAGCUGCUGCAACCGUUCGAGACAUCGGAGCAUGCCAAGCGGGUAUAUCGCGAGAUCCGUCUCCUCAAGCACAUGGACCAUGUCAACGUGAUCGGCCUGCUGGACACCUUCCAUCCGCCGUCGCCGAAUCCCAACCCAACAAUGGAUGACCUUCAGCAGGUGUAUCUGGUGACUCAUCUGAUGAGUGAGGACUUGCAUAGCUUUACGCGAAGAGCUGAGCUUAACAACUACGAGGUGAAGAUGAUCCUGUACAAGAUAUUAAGGGGUAUUAAGUACAUACAUAGCGCCGGAGUUUUGCACCGCGAUCUGAAGCCAGGGAACAUUGCCAUAAAUCAAAAUCUGGAGGUGCGCAUUCUGGAUUUCGGUAUGGCUAGGGUGUUGGCCCAAGAUAUGACCGAUUAUGUGGGAACAGUGUGGUACCGUGCGCCCGAGCUUCUAUUCUGCUGGAAACAAUACACAAAGGCUAUUGAUAUGUGGUCGGUGGGCUGCAUCCUGGCGGAACUUCUUAUGGGUCGUGCCCUCUUCCCUAGCACACAUUUUUUGAAUCAACUAGAACUCGUGCUCAACUUUAUGGGCGCCCCCUCUAAGGAGUUCAUAAACAGAAUCGAAGAUAAUAGUGCCCGACAAUACGUGGAACGUUACCCCUAUAGGGAAGUAUUAAGUUUUCGGCAGAGGUUUCCCCAUAUCGAUCCGGUGGCUGUCGACUUGUUGGAGAAAAUGCUGGAGAUGAUACCCGAUAGACGAAUUACGGCAGACGAGGCAAUGAACCAUCCUUAUCUUAGGGAUUUGAUUGAGGAGCACCACCACCUUGAAGAUAUCGCUCCGGCGUACGAUCAAAACUUUGAGAACAUGAACUUACCCAUAAAUUGCUGGAAGGAACUUAUUCUCAAUGAAAUUAAAAACUUCAGGCCGCCGGCAUUUUAUGCUUCAGCUUUGAACGAAUGGUACAGGUAGAGUUUGUAAAAUAUACAUUAUUGUCACAAAAAUCAAUUUAAAAUAAAAUGUAAUACAUUU